AAUCGAAUAAAAAUCAGUCAAAAAGCCAAAUAUUAGCCUCGCGCAUCAUCCGAGGACCGUGAACGAAUUUCCUUGCCAGCUCGAACGUCCUCAACGUGUUUCUGACCCCCAUCCCCCAUUUCAGCAGCAGUAACCACGAUGUCUGCUGCAGCAAAAGCCGAAGCCCGUCGUAAAGCAAUCCUUAGCAGAGGAACUGACCGCCUUGCCAAACUCACAACGUCAGCUAGAGGGGAGGAUGCGCCGUACAUGCGGCACGAGAGUCCACCUGCAGGAUCACACUCAUCGAAUGUACGCAAUUUCGUAGGAGAAGAGAGUAACAUGCCAACACCACCUGCUCGAGCAUCACCCGGACCUACGACCUCUCCGUCAUCUCAAAGAAAACCAUCCACAAAUCAACCGGAACCUGAUGUAUCUGCAUGGUCAGAGGAACAGCAACAGCAAUUCUUGCAAGCCAUAAUGGGAGGGUUCGGAGCGCGAGGUGGACCUGAUUCUCCAGGUCAGCCUGCAUUAGGCGGUACCCCUGGAGCCCCUCAGAUACCGCCAUCGCUUGCAGAUAAUCCUCUCGCAGCAAUGCUUUUUGGCGCAGCCGGAGCUCAAGGUGGAAACGGAUCUAUACCACCUUUUCCUCCGCCUGGAAUAGGCUUGGGUAAAAGUCCAGCUAUGGACGGUGGUAUUGGGACUCAGGUCAAGACAAAGAAGCAAUCCAAAUUCCAAAAAUUGAUGCCCUUGGUCCACUUGGUCGCGAUUUGGACGUUAUUGGCGUAUUUUGUUCUCGUGAGAGAGCCCGAAGCACAUAUAACGCUGCGUGGGGAGGUCGCGUCUGACUGGAAGGGGGUAUGGAGAAGAUGGGCAGAAUUAGCUUAUAGAAGUCCAUAUGCUGUCGUGGACUCUACCGCAGGUCAAGGGUGGACAGUCGCAGUCUUGCCUUUCUUCUGGGCGUUCAUGGCCCUUCAAAUCGCGCUUCACUCGACGCGAAUCUUCAACGGAUUUGAUGCUGCCCAACCACCUGCACUGCUUGCGAUGGUGUUACCCCAUCUUCCACCGCCCUUUCCAUCUCUCAUUGUGAAUGGCUUAAAAUACAUCCAUAUGGGAUCAACGUUACUAGACGACCUCGCAAUACUAGCCGUUGGAACUGGUUUUGUGAUUUGGAUUGCUGGGUUGCUCAGUUCGAAGUGAUACCCUUUUCUCUUGUUUUGAUAGCGUGUAAUCACGGUUGUUAACUGGCGUGUGGUGUAAAUUCAUUAGAAAAGUUGAUCAGCAA